UGCGUGCGUAAGACUACGAGUAGGUUUAUAUUCAUUUUCUAUGUCAGUGCAGUUCUGCUUUCCCGCAUGCGUUUUGCUAUUACUAGUUACGAUCGAAUAUAUUCGUGUUUUUCGCGUGUAAUCAAAAGAUUGUCACUUACCACGACCCUUGGUAUUGGCAUUUAGUUUAAGAAAGUUAUUUGUUAUUAUUUUUUUUUUUUUUUUUUUUUUUUUAUGAUUUUCUAUCGAGACAUUGUUAUGAGUUUCCAUUAAACACAUACACGAUCGCGGUGUCAUCCGUUUCGCGUGAUCCGACGUAGUUGUUUUCCCUAUCCCAACGGAACGCCCGCAGUGCAGCAGCAAAAAUGCAUUACAAAACGUUGUCAUCGGCCGUCAUCGUCGCCGCUCUCGUGCUGUUCGUUUCCUGUUCAGAGACUUCUGACGAAAUUACACCCAAACUGGUGAUUGAUGAUGUAGUCAGUGGAUAUCAUGGUUUAGUUAAAGAAAAUGAAACACUAGUUGAAGUUGUUCCAGAAAUUUAUGCUAUUGGUGAUGUUUGUAAUUUUAACAUUGUCAAUAAACAUCACGGUGAAGCACCUUUUGAAAUAAUUCUUCGUUCAAAUGGUUAUGCUGAACUCCGGGCUCAUAAAACUUUAAAUUGUGAAAAACGCAAGACGUAUAAAUUUGAAAUUGCUGCAGUUUCGUGCUCUGGUAUUAUAUCUGAUAAUGUUACUGUCCAUAUUACUGUGGUUGAUAUAAAUGAAUACGCUCCUCAAUUCUUGGAAGCAUCUUAUGUUAAAGAAGUUGAUGAAGGGCGAUUAUAUGAAGAAAUAAUAAGAGUAGAAGCUACUGAUCGUGACUGUACUCCACGGUUUGGUGAUAUCUGCAAGUACGACAUACUUGAUGAUAAUCAACCUUUCACUAUUGAUAAUGAAGGAAGUAUUAGAAAUACAGAGCCAUUAGAUUAUGAUCAUAGUCAUAACUACAUAUUAUCAGUUGUCGCCUAUGACUGUGGUAUGAAACAGUCUACUCCUGCAAUGGUUACAAUUAAAAUUAAUCGUAUUUGCAAAUUGGGUUGGAAAGGUGUUCCCGAAGAAAUUGAUUACUCUCCAACUUCUGGUCGUAAAGAUUUGUUCCCCAAUGCUCAACUAAGAUUAUGUGAUGAUCCAUGUCAUGUAAAAAGUGUUAAUGCUAAGCUUACACUAGCAACAUCACAUAUUGGAAAAGGUUGUGAUCGUGAUACAUAUUCAGUUCAAAGUCAGAGAAAAUUAUGUGGGGCAAGUGAAGAAAGUGUUGAACUUUUACCAGCUAACCAUGUACCUUUAUCUGCUGGUAAUGCAAUUAAACAUGAUGAAGGUCGAGAAUCUGAUCAAAUGUAUGAAUUUGAUGGAAGUAGCACAGCUGUUGCUAUACCUAAUGAUUUUCUUGAUCAUGGUCUAUCAUCAGCAUUUACUAUAUCAACUUGGAUGAAACAUAAGCCUAUGUCACACCAAGAUAAACAUAUUAAGGAACAUAUUUUGUGUUCUGCUGAUGAUCAUAAAAUGAAUCGUCAUCAUUAUGCUUGGUUUGUUCGCAAUUGUCGUUUAAUUUUACUUUUAAGGCGUGAUUUUUCACAAGGAGAUCUUAAUAUCUUUAGACCAGCUGAAUGGAGAUGGAAAAUUCCACAGGUAUGUGAUAAUGAAUGGCAUCACUAUGCUGUGUCUGUCCAAUUCCCUAAUGUACAGUUGUACAUUGAUGGUGUACUUUUUAAAUCUGAAACUAAAAAUCCAGAAGUUAUUGAUGAUUGGCCUUUACACCCAACAAAGGGUAUUAAUACUACUUUAACUGUUGGAGCAUGUUGGCAAGGUUCAGAAAAUAAAAUGAAACAUCAUCUCAGAGGUUACUUGGCUGGCUUAUCAGUACUUUUACAUCAAUUAGAGAAACCUGAAGUAUUGGCAUGUUUACAUAAGUGUAAAGAAAGUUUAGAAGUACCUGCAAUGGAGUUGUUAGAACCUGGAAUGGAACUACUUACAAAUAGUGAAUUGACAGAGUUGUCUAUUGAGGGUGAUAAUAAGACAAAUUUGGAAGUAUUAGUAAGAAAAAUUGGUUACUCAAACAGCCGUGACUACCCAACUCCUGGAAGACGUAAUCUUCACUUAACUACUUCCCUUAUUUGUGAUGAUGGUCGUGAAGUUAAGAUGCCUUCCACAGAAAGUUAUGUAAUGGUUCACAGACCUCAACAGCCUAAUAUUAUUAUUAGUGGUAUAAACACAAUCCCUAGAGAAUACCACGAAUUUAGACAAGGUGUACAAAUUUUCCCUGAUAUUGCUAUUAAUAUAGAACCAGAAAGUUAUGAUUAUGAAACUAAACAUCCUGAAUUGACAAAUGUGUUAGAACGUCGUAUUGAUUCAUGUGUUAUCUCUGUUUAUCCUUCAUUAAAUCCUGACCACGAGAAACUUACAAUUCCUGCUCAUGUAUUGGCUAAAUUUGGAAUUUCUGCAAAGGUAUCCAAAGACGGUGUAGCUUUCAACAAUGCAGAUAUUGUAUUUCAUUAUCAAGAAAUUUUGCGUGAUGUACUAUAUACUAAUUUCAAACCUGCGUACUACUUAAAUCGUCAGUUUAAAUUGGUGUGCUCUGAAAUGAAUGGAAGAUUUUUGAGUAACGAAUACUUACAAACUUUGACUGUAGUUCAUCCAAAAUCUCCAACUGUUGCUGACAUUACUACUACACUUCCAACUACAGCUCCCCCAGCUGCUUUGUUAAUAGAUGAAAAUGAAGCUGAACCCCAACCAGCUCACGCUCAAGUGGUUCAACAUUCUGUAGAAACUAAACAGUCUAAAACAAUAGUUAGUGAUUUUGAGGGAUCUAUUGAUGAACGUGCACAGGCUAUUGUUGCUAGUGGUGGACAUGCUGUUACCAUUAUCAUUGUUGUGUGUGUUGGAUUCUUGGUGUUAAUGAUAACAUUAGGUAUUGUACGUAUUAAAGCUGCUCAUCAAAAAGCUUCACAAGAUGAAGUUCAGGACACUGAGAUGGCUUGGGAUGAUUCUGCUCUUAACAUUACCAUCAACCCUAUGGAGCAAUUGGAAUGUGAUAGUAGUGCACAAGCUGGUGGAGCGCUGUCAGUUGGCAAACAUAGGCAUGCUGAUAAUGAUGAUGAUUCUUCUGACGAUAAUAUGAGUUAUGAUUAUGAUGAUAGUUCAGAUGAUGGUGGUGGUAACGAAGAAGAUGAUGGCUUGCACAGAGGUUGUGCACCUCGUUUGGAAUGGGAUCAUUCUACCAUGUCCAUCUAAGUUGUAUUUUACUAUCAAAAAAAAUCAUACGCACUAAAAACGACUUGCAACACCAAACCUUAAAAAAGGUUAUAUGGUGAUUCUAUUUUUAAUACUAAACAAAAAUCACUCUUUUUUUGCAUAUCUUUCAAAAACGCUUGACUAACGCGCUUAGACUAUUCAAACUUUGUUCUUAGACAUACAAAUUUUUAAAUAAGUUAAAGAGUGGGGCAUUUUUGGAGGUCAAUCAUCAGACUUUUUUGCUGUCCUUAAGUUCAAAAUAUCUUAUACUGUUAUUUGUUUGCACUUAUAUCAUUUAUACUUUACAAUGUAUAUAAGUAUGAAAUGUACUAAAAUCUUGACACUGUUUAACUGUUUCUGUGCAACCGUUUAUUAUUAUUAUUAUUAUUUUUUUUUUUAUAUAAAUAUUCACAGUUAUAUCAUUUUACUAUUAUUUUAAGUAGCAUCAUCCCCACUCUUUCCUCUAAUUUAGUUUUCAUACACAACAAUUAUAUGUAUAUUUAUAUAUAUAUAUAAAUUGGAGAAGACUGUAAAUAAUGUAAAAAAAAGGCUAAAAUUCGCAUUUUUAAUGUGCCAUUUGAAUCAAUAAUAUAUGUUUAGUUGAGUUCUGGCAGCUUGAUAAAUCAAUACCAUUUCAAACAUUUCCUCCUUUCACUCCAUAUUUCCUCCCAAUGCACUUGCUUGCUGUCUUCUUAACAUUCGAACAGCCAUUUUCUUGCCCCAAUCUAUGUUUCCAUUUUUAUAUUUGAUACCGUCCAAGUAGGGUUUCCUCAUGAAUUUUUAUUUAAAAAAAAAAAAAAAAAAAAACUGUAUUUUUCACUAGUAUUAUUGGUUGUGCAAUAAAGUACUUAAAUAUAUUAUAAUAACAAAUUUAAUGAAAUUA